CACUGUUAAAUGCAUUAUUAGAAACUAAAACCCGUCGAAGACGGGUAUGAUAGCUAGUCUUCUAUAAGAAAAAGUGAAAAUUGAUUUUUUCGAUCCUAAGGCUUAACAUUGCCCAACAAUAUUAGCAAUAUUUCCAUGCAAUACUUACACAAUAUUGAGCUCAAAUGUUAUGCUAUUUGGGUGUUUAAUUUUAUUUAUAACUAAAUAAGAUGUUAUUUAAAAAAAUACUUUUUUCGGUUGCAGAGGUUUAUUCGGAGGCAUUUUAAUAAUAGCAGCAACAGUACUAAGCCUGAUAAUGUUCUUUGUAUUGAAAGAUUCUCAACCAAAAAUUGCAAUUCAGCAAGUCACUGCCUUAGAGAUUGCAAUUCAAAUUUCAGUUAAUAUAACAGGUGCUCUAGCUGCUAUUGGCGCAGCGCUCAAGUUACAAAAUCUCGAGCACAAGAACACGAAGCCCCCGAGACUCGACGCUACUUUAUUAGCAGCAGCCCAAGCGGGAGUAUAUCUUCACAGCUUCUUUGGUGCUGUUGGUGGGAUCUUAACACGAGGACCUAUUUGGGGACUUCUGCUAGGCUUGGACUUUCUAGCUCUAUUACAAAGUACCAUGCAAACUUUACUCAUUAAGAUCGCUUGGAGGCGAAGGUCUAUGACAAAAGAGAAACCCGGUAAGGAGCUCAUAACGUUCUUGAUUGUCGUUAACGUGGCACUGUGGACGGUCAACACAUUCGAAAAAUCCAGAGCCGGUGUUCGACCGGAUCAUUUAAGAUUUUUUGGAGUUUGGGCCUGGACAAUAAUCAUUCAUGUCUCAAUGCCUCUAGCUAUAUUUUAUCGAUUUCAUUCUGCUAUUUGUCUCUUUGAAGUUUGGAAAAGUUGCUACAAAUAUCGACCUCUUGGUGAUCAUUGCAGAAGCUUUUCUCAUCGAAAUUGUAUUGAUCAGUAAUAAUAAGUAAAACUAAUAAUAAGUCAAAUAAUACGAUAUUAUUUUUAAAUAGCUCCACAUUUUUUUAUUAUAUUUGUACAUCCGCAUGAAAAGGGACCAUUUUGUCAAUAUUUAGAAAAAAACUAGUUUAAAGUUCAAAUCUUCCAUUAGUUCCCAUAUUAAUUAAAAAUUAUACAAAGGAUUAUUAGUUAUUUUACUUACAACAAACUUAUCGUAAACGCAUAAUUUAGCGUUCAUUACUUUGUAGUUUGGAUUUUAAAAAUAAAAGAAAUUCGAAAAUCUGGA